GUAUGAUAUUUACCCAAUCCAACCGCCCCCAAAGAAUAGUACUGGUAACUCUUCAGAGUAAACCUUAAUAUCAUAGUUUAAUCCUCCUUUUUUUAAUCUUAGAUUUUGGGGUAUUAUUGAUUCCCCCUUUGCUUUGUGUUGGUUUCCCUUUUUGGUAAAAUUGGAUCGCUGCAUUUUCUGGCAGAGAUUCGGUCUUAGAUCUGAUCCCAUUGACUAAGAUCUUACUUCUUUUAGAAUGAGAUAAGAUGCCCCUAUGAACUAUAAUGUGAUACUGAGCAAUGGGUUGGGUAAAAAUCCGAAUUUAGAUUAAUUUUUAAAGUGUGGGUCGGAUUAAUGGGGACUUGUUUUAGCAUUGAAGAAGAGCCGCACAGAUCUCUCAGCAACCCUCCAGAUGGAGGACGUAAAACUUCUGCAUCCUCAAGAAAAGAAGAAAUGGCGAACUCACCUAUAACCAAAACCCCAAGCUUCAUUGCUUUGACAGCUAAGGAUGUCAAAGAUCUACGGCAGAAUCCCGGAUAUAGCAAUGUUGAUAUAUUCUCAUAUCAAGAGAUGAGGUUAGCUACAAAGCAAUUUCGGCCAGACUAUAUUCUCGGUGAUGGUGGCUUUGGGGUUGUUUACAAAGGAGUAAUAGAUGAGAAUGUGAGACCUGCUUACAAAUCUACAGCUGUUGCUGUCAAGGAGCUUAAUCCUGACGGGUUCCAAGGUGACAGAGAAUGGCUGGCUGAAGUCAACUAUUUAGGGCAACUUAGCCAUCCAAAUCUUGUGAAGCUCAUUGGAUAUUGCUGUGAGGAUGAACAUCGGCUGCUUGUCUAUGAAUACAUGGCAAGUGGAAGCCUCGAAAAACAUCUUUUUCGGAGGGUUGGUUGUAGUUUGACAUGGUCAAAAAGAAUGAAGAUUGCUUUAGAUGCAGCAAAAGGUCUUGCUUUUCUCCAUGAUGCAGAACGACCCAUCAUAUACCGUGAUUUCAAGACAUCAAACAUCUUGCUAGAUGAGGACUUCAAUGCAAAGCUCUCGGACUUUGGACUCGCGAAGGAGGGACCGAUGGGAGACAAAACCCAUGUGUCAACACGAGUGAUGGGCACAUAUGGAUAUGCUGCUCCCGAAUAUGUGAUGACCGGCCAUUUAACGGCAAGAAGUGAUGUUUACGGAUUUGGAGUAGUGUUACUCGAAAUGCUCCUUGGAAGGAGAGCAAUGGACAAGAGCAGGCCUAGUCGAGAACAUAACCUAGUCGAGUGGGCUCGUCCUCUCUUAAUCCGUAACAAGAAGCUUAUGAGGAUCUUAGACCCUAGAAUGGAAGGUCAGUACUCAGCUAGAACUGCAAUGAAGGUAGCCAAUUUAGCAUACCAAUGCCUUAGCCCAAACCCAAAAGGGAGGCCUGUAAUGAACCAAGUGGUCGAACUACUCGAGACUUUCCAGACAAAAGCAAGAGAUGAAGAGACAAUGAUUAACAGCGGGGGCGGUGGCAUAACCCUAUACGAAGCUCCCAGUAAGUCAUCACCUCACUCCCGGAACCCCGCGAGAAGCGAAAGUCACAGGGAAACGAGUGCAGCACAAGGAAGCAAACUGGAAAACGAAAGAAGCAAGAGUGAACCUCCGAAAGAGGUUGAUCUUUAAAAUCCUCCGAGUUUUGAAGCCGAAGAACCCACCAAAGGUUGAACCUGUAGAAGGAAAAAAAAAGGGUGGAAACUUAAAACUUGCAGUGCAAGUAAAGUUGUGUCAACUCUCCAAUGGAAGGAAGGUUUGUUGUAUUCUAUUAUCUGUUUUUCUUUUCUUUUAAAUUAACAGUAGGGUUUUUCUUUCAAACUUUUGUGUUUGAAGAUGAAGCUGCAAGUUGUAGUUUUUGUUUUUUUCACCUUCAAUAUGAAAAUUUUAAUUUAAUAUUCA